AUGAUAAGGCCUCAAGAUUCAGUCAAUUGUAACACAAAACAGGAUUUACAAAGCCAUUCAAAAGAUGAUAAUGUUCUGAUAGAUUUAGAAAAAGAUAUUCCACCUUUGUCAAUCAAACCUUUGCCAAAGCCUCCCUUGGUAAUCAAAGAUGGUGAUGUGCUUGCGAUGGCACCUCUUGGACGCAAUUUUGAGGUGGGACAGUUGUAUGACUGCCGCAAAGACGUUGUAAUUCAAGAUGGCACAUUGUGGGAUAUGGAUACACUCCAGAACAACCUUAAUGUCACAAAGCAGACCACCACCAUGUUUAAUGUCCUAACAUCAGACACCUUGGAUGAGAAAGCAUCUGCACUGAAUGUAAACCUUCCCCUUAAAGCCAGUAUACUAGCAGGUUUGGUUCAACCACAAGGGGCAGCUGAGUAUCUCAGUUCUAACAAGAUAUCAAAUCAACAGUCAAGAGUAACCCUUCAUUACAGCACAACAAGCAGACUGGAGCAACUUAAUAUGAACACACUGAGGACAAGAAAAGUUUCCAGUUCUAAGGUUUUUAAGGAAAAAACAGCAACUCAUGUGGUAUCAUGUGUUCUCUAUGGUAUUCAGGCCUUUUUUUCUUUAGAUCACGUUUGUACAAAAAAUGAAAAAAAGCUAGACUUUGAGAAAAAAGCAAAAUAUUUACUCUCAGAAAUAGUAACUGCCAUAAAAGAAGGGAAAGGAGAUCUAAAACUGACAAAAGAAGAACAGAACAAUCUAUUCAAAUGCACAUUUCAUGGUGAUUUUUUACUUGAAGUCAAUUUAGAUUUAACAGAUGUCUUUCAGAUUUGCUCCAGUGUUCCUCAACAGCUUGAGGAAAAUCCACAGCUGGCUGUGCCUGUGCUGGUCUGGCUGUACCCUCUGAAACAACUGAACUCUCGAGCUGCAUCUGUUGUUCAGGACAUCAGUGAAGAUCAAGUCUCACAGUGCCAGGCUGUCAUAGAAGAACUGAAUGAAUAUGUGAUCAAAUGUAAUGACAUGAUGAACGAAGGAGUUGUUUCUAUGUUUCCUGAGGCUACAUAUGGGAUUGAAAAAUUUAAAGCAAUCCUUCUUCAGUACAAACAGUUCUUUCAGCGGGAUCUAGCACGCAUUCUACCUGCCAUAAGAAGUGGCAGUGCAGUGAAGCAAAAAUUGGUAAAGAUUCUCAAGAAGAAAGAACAUUCUCCUUUCAGUAAAAAGUCCCUGUCAUCAUGGAUUGAAUGUAAAGAGAAAGACAUAGCUAUGAUUACAUCUUAUAUUAAUUUUUUGAAAGACAUUCAGGUUGUAUCUAGAAAUGAACUUAAUCAAUUAAUUCACAAUCCUGAUAUUGAGCACAUUGUGUGUUUUAAUUUUAGCUCACUUCUUGAAGAAGAACCAGAUUUAUUCCAUUUGAAAAAUCAUCUUCAAUCACUACAUGACACUGAGGAAGAAAUUCAAACACAAAACUUGAGUUCUUCAUCUUACAUAAUGACAAUAAUGUGGCAAAUCUGGCUGUACAUUAUGCAUUUUUUUUAUAAACCUUCCCAACACACCAUUGACUUGGUGCCUUCAUCUUUAGAUGGCAAUGAAAUGGAAAUUGUGAACCAAGACAGUGAUCUAGUGCAAAGUGUGGCGCAAAAGUAUGAUUAUGAGAUCAUAUCAAAAAACAUGAGAGCUUGUGCCAUACAGUUUAUUGAAUUUUCCAAAGAGAAUGCUAAUAGUCUUAAAACCAAAUUUAUUAUAACAUCAAUCCCUGACACUUGCCCAGGAUCAUUCAUUUGCCUUUACUCUUUUGGUGAAUUAGAUUGUGAUUUUCAAAUAUCAUCUAAGCCUCUGCCUCCUGCUGAGAAAUGUGUAUCUAGUGAUAGCGUUACAGUAAAACUUGAAAAUCCAAGACAAAACACUCAGCUGGAGUAUAAGAAAAGAGAAGAUGAUGAGUGGACAGUGAAGAACAUCAAUGACAAACAUAAAGAAGUUAUUCUUUCGGGACUCCUUCCAAAAUCAGUACGAUGUAAGACUGUUUGCAGGUCAGAUGUUGGGGUAGCUAGUGAUGUGACUGAAAUUAAAACCCAUUACAAGACCUCAGCAUAUUUACCCGAGCAACAAAUAGGAGAAACUUUCAUAAAUAAACCCCCUGAUAUUGAAGAGAGACUCGCUUUUAAACUUAAGUCUAAAGAUACUUUGUUAAAACAAGGUAGUCCUAGUUUUUAUCGACUGAAGCUGAGAUCAUCAUACAUCAACAAAUACAGGGAAAUAGUAAAAUGUACUUUUGGAGAACAAAUAAGCUACAAACAAAAAAGAACAAUAAUGCUCCUUGGAGCAACUGGAUCUGGGAAAUCCACACUUAUCAAUGGAAUGAUCAAUUACAUUCUUGGAGUUCAGUGGGAGGAUGACUUGAGGUUCAAACUGAUUUAUGAAGAAACUUGUAAAUCUCAAGCUGAAAGUCAGACCUCCAAAAUUACUGCUUAUGAAAUGAAGCAUCAGGAAGGUUUCCAGGUUAAUUACUCCCUGACUAUAAUUGACACACCAGGAUUUGGAGAUACCACAGGGAUUAAACGUGACCAAGAAAUCACCGCACAGAUAGCAGAAUGCUUUAUAAGCCCACAUGGCUUCCAACAAAUUGAUGCCGUGUGCUUUGUAGUCCAGGCCUCCCAAGCACGAUUAACCCAUGCACAAAAGUACAUUUUUGAUUCAAUUUUGUCAAUUUUUGGUAAAGACAUAGCAAACAACAUAUUGAUGCUCAUCACAUUUGCAGAUGCACAGCGUCCACCAGUCCUAGAUGCUAUCACUGCUUCCAACAUCCCAUGUAACACAGAUGACAACGGGAACCCAGUUUAUUUCAAAUUCAACAAUUCUGCCUUUUAUGCUAACAAUAAGGAGUCUACCUGCAGUGAUAUGAUUUUUGAUAAAAUGUUUUGGGAGAUGGGUACACAAAGUAUGAAAAGGUUUUUUGAUUCUUUGCAGCAGAUGAAUACAAAAAGUUUAAGUCUUACAAAGGAGGUGCUUGAAGAGCGUAAACGUCUGGAAACGGCAAUAGAAGGUCUGCAGCCUCAAAUCAGAGCAGGUUUGACUAAACUUGAGGAAAUUAGAAAGACAGAAGAGGCUUUAAAACAACAUAUUGAUCAAAUAGAGAGUAACAAGAACUUUCAGUAUGAAGUUGAAGUAACAGAGACAGUACAAGAGAGUAUAGCUGGAACUGGUAAGUUCAUAACUAACUGCCAGAAAUGCAACUAUACAUGUCAUUACCCAUGUGCUUUACCAAAUGAUGAACAAAAGAUCCGUUGUGCGUCUAUGGAUAAUGGGGUUUGCAGGGUUUGUCCUGGCAAGUGUGUAUGGAGUGUUCACUCCAACCAACAGUACAGGUUUAUCUAUAACACGUCAAAGAUACAGAGGACUUAUGAUGAGCUUAAGAAAAAUUAUGAAAAGGCAACAGGUGAAAAAAUGACAACAGAAAAAGUAUUUCAGCAGCUUCAAUAUGAGUUUGAUGAAGUUAAAGAUGCUGUUUGUGAUCUCAUACACACCUCUCAUUACUGUAUAACACGGCUUGAGGAAAUUGCUCUCCGGCCGAACCCUCUUUCGACCCCAGACUACAUUGACCUCCUCAUUAACAAUGAAAAACAAGAAGCAAAGCCAGGAUUUAUGGAAAGAAUAAAAUCACUUGAGGAGGUGAAGCAGCAGGCUGUGAUAAUACAGAAAGUCAUAAAUAAAGAAGAGCUUUUACCUUCUGAAAAAUUCAAGUACAAUUAUAAAGAAGAGAGGAAAAAACAAAGGGGAGUUGUGGUAAGGCUGUCUGGGGCAGCAUACAGAGGAUUCAAAAAUAUAUUCACCUAA